AGAUUUGUUGGAAUGUGUUGAGUUGAUAUUUCGUGGUUGCUACUCUCAUUAUUAUUUUUUAUGUUAGGACAUCUCAACAACUACUCCAAACCUUUCAAAUUAUAUGCACGUUUGGCAUGGACCAGUGCUUGCAUGGUCACCGGCCUUUAUGUCAUAUCCAGAUGGCAACCAAUAUUCAAUCAACAUUCAGAAUGUUGGUUACAAAUUUCAAUAUGGGAUGGGACCUCCCAUUCCUCUCAUCACUACCAGCUCUGCAACGAGCUCAAGAGUUCGUACAAAGGAUCCACCCAAUUGUAAGGAAACUAAAGCACCAUAUUCAUCCUUUAGACUUGAUGAGGAGAGUAAAGAGGAUACACCAGAUUCACGAGAUACCAAGGAUGGCAGUGUCGGGACACCUGAGUGUGUCCAAAUGGAUGGUGGUGAUAUGAUUGAGGAGCCAAAGUCGGGGAUGGAAUUUAAUUCUUUUGAAGAGUUAUUGACCUAUUAUAAGCAAUAUGAUAAGAAAUGCAAGUUUGGGGUGAUGACAAAAAAGAGUGAAAAGGUCAAUGAUGAGACUCUUAGAUAUGUCACCCUAGCUUGUGCCCGUGGUGGGAAAGCCCAGAAUAGAACAUUGAAUGUCGCCAAACCACGUCUGAUAGGAAAGACGGAAUGUAAGGCAAAGAUUAAUGUCUUAAAAGUUGAGGGAAAUGUGCGGUUGACAACAUGUCAUAAUAUCCAUAAUCACAGCCUCAGUCCAUAG